AUGAUGUUCAAAAGAUUAUCUAGGAAACACAUAGCAGUUGAUUUGGUUCGACGCUACGGUGUUGAGAAUCAGAGAUUGCAAAGCAUAAGAUCAACUACUACUAUCACAAGAUCAACGGGAAUACCAAGUGAGAGUUUCCCUAUAUAUAAUUCGUUCUUAGAAGACUUGAAAAACAAGAAGGAUAUACCCGGGAGAAAUGCUUUAUAUAAUAAGUCAUUUUCAGAGAUAAAUGGGGAUUUUUUGAAUACGAUUUCGAGAGAAGAAACGCAAGAAGUUGCAUGGUCAUCACAAUAUGACCCAGUAUCAAGAUCGCCAUUUGCAAAGGAUGUUGUUCACUUACAAUCGCUUUUGGAUGCGUUAUUAUCGAGCAAAAAUUUCGAUAGAGCAGAUAAGAUAUUGAAAGCAAUUUAUCCACUCUUGUCAUCGCAAGAGAACUUUAUAUUUUCGCUCAAUAAGUAUUUGGAAGCAUGGUCACUUGAAAGCUCGACAUCGAUCAUAGAGAUGGAGAAUUAUUUGGCUAGCAUCCAGCUGCAGUUCAGAGAUGUGGUUCCAAACGAUAGAACAUACGCUAUUUUGAUUUCAAAAGCCAUAGACGAUGAAAAGAUCUGCAUGUCAUACAUUUCUAGAAUUAAGUCCAACACCUCGAUGAUCAGAAAGGUCUUUACGCAUAUAGAUAUCAUUGGUAUAGACGGUUUGAUGAAAAUUUUUAAAGAUCCUUCUGUUACUGAAAAUCUAAUUCCGAAGGAUCUCUGUCCGCUAUUUGCACAAGUGAGAAAGCUAGACGGUAGCAGCGAUAUGUAUGACGUUGAUUCCGAAGAGAAUGUACCUGAAUAUUUCAAAGAUACCGAACUGAGUGUACCAAUCAUUGAAAAGGAUUCUGAUUCUUUGAAAGCGGUUGACUCAUUUGGUUUAAAAGUUAUUAGACAUACACUUUUGGGUUUGAAAACCGAUAAUAAUUCAGCUGUGCUAGAUGAAUUCAUUAAUAACAUUGAAAAUGAAAUGAAUAACCAUGUCUUGCAUAACACUUCGAACCAAGAGAAGAAAGAUUAUUUUGCUGUUUACAAAUGCUUAAAGACUGAUGAACAACGAGAAAAGUUCAAUGAAGCAUUAGAUUUAUUUAACGAGGGAAGACAGAGACAGUUAGAAUUGAGAGGUGUAGACGGAGCAAAAGAAAAGUGGAAGCAUGAGUUCGAAGAUAUGCAGAAAAGAGGUGCAAUUAAUCUUCAUAAAAGUUUAAACGUUCAAUUAUUCAAGUGGUAUUCUGAUUUAUUGCCAUAUGUCGAAGAAGAAGUGAACCAAUGUAAAAAGAUAUUAGAUGGUGAAAUUUCAUUAGACAACGUUAAGCCUGAUGCAAAAAAUCUCAUGAAAGACAGAGCGUAUUAUGCCCCCUAUUUGACUUUAAUCCCUCCUAAGAAAAUGUGCGUUAUCACUAUAUUGGAAUUACUAAAAUUAAAUUCUACAGGUGGUAUUGUUGAUGGGAUGAGAACUGCUAGAGCGGUUAUUUCAGUUGGAAAGGCACUUGAAUUAGAAUAUAAAUCGCAAAACUUAAUGAAAGCUGAAGGUAGAUCACUUUCUAAAAAGUUAAAGACUACUAGUCAGUGGAAAAAGCUUUUAAGACAAAGAAGAGACUAUAAUAAGCAAGAUCCAAUUGCAAAUAACGAGUGGGAUUAUCCAAUUUACGCUAAGGUUGGAUCGGUCUUAACUUCAUUAUUAAUACAUGUAGCUAAGGUUCCUGUUAAGGGAACAGAUCCUACAACUGGAAAAGAAGUAAAGGGUAUGCAACCUGCUUUCCAUCAUACCUACCAGUACCUUCAAGGUCAGAGGUUGGGUGUUUUGAAAGUACAUAAAUCGUUAGUGCGGCAAUUAGCUGGAAAUGUCUUAGGUAACUCUGUACAACCACAAAUGUUACCAAUGCUAGUUCCUCCACGUCCAUGGACUAGUUAUAAUGAUGGGGGUUAUUUAUUUUCACAAAAUAGUUUAGUUAGAAUUAAGGAUUCUGCUGAAACAAACGCAUAUUUGAAGGCUGCUUCUGAUUUAGAUAAUUUGGAAAUUUACGAUGGAUUAAACGUGUUAGGUGAUACCGCAUGGACUGUGAAUCGUAAUGUAUUCAAUAUUAUUUCUAAGUUUUGGAAUACAGGAGAGAAAUUUUUAGACAUCCCUCCUAUUGUUGAGGAACCCGAAUUACCAAAGCAAUUGCCAAUGAAUGCGGAACCAUUUGAAAAAGCUGAAUAUCAAAGAAAAGUUAGAAAGGCUAUGAAUGAAGCUGCUUCUGCGAGAUCUCAAAGAUGUGAUACCAACUACAAGUUAGAAAUUGCUAGAGGGUUCUUAGGCGAAAAACUUUUCUUUCCUCAUAAUGUUGAUUUCAGAGGUAGAGCUUAUCCAUUAUCCGCGCAUUUAAAUCAUUUAGGUAACGAUAUGACUAGAUCUUUAUUUUUGUUUUGGGAAGGUAGAGAGGUUGGGGACGAAGGUUUAAAUUGGUUAAAGAUACACUUAGCCAAUGUCUAUGGUAUCGAUAAAGCUCCCUUAAAUGAAAGAAUUCAAUUUGUUGAUGAUAAUUUGGAGAAUAUCUUGGAAUGUGCCAGAAAUCCAAUAAAUGGAAGUGGAUGGUGGAAGAAGGGAGAGAAGCCUUGGCAAGUAUUGAGUGUUUGUUUUGAAUUAAAUGAAGCUUUCCAGUUAGAUGAUCCAACCAAAUUUGUUUCCCAUAUUCCUGUACAUCAAGAUGGUACUUGUAAUGGUUUACAGCAUUAUGCUGCAUUGGGAGGUGAUAUCGAAGGGGCACGUCAAGUGAAUUUGAUUCCGGCCGACAAGCCUCAAGAUGUUUACACGUUCGUAGCAGGAUUAGUUCAGAAGAGAGUUGAUGCCGAAGCGGAAGCAGGUAACAAAUAUGCCAUUUUCUUGCAAGAUAAGAUCACUAGAAAGGUUGUUAAACAAACUGUCAUGACCAAUGUGUACGGGGUUACUUUUGUUGGUGCAGUUUUACAAAUCCAAAAGCAAAUUGAUCACUAUUUCGAUAAGAACGAUACAGAAAAUGUCGAUGAAUAUGCCAGAUAUUUAACAGCCCAUGUUUUUGCGUCGAUCAGAGAAUUAUUCGAAGGUGCUCAUUUAAUUCAAGAUUGGUUGGGUGAAUCUGCUAAAAGAAUUAGUAAAUCCGUUCGUAUUGAUUAUGAAGAGAAGAGCUCUAAAAAUUCAAACAAACCAAGCCAUUUAUCUUCAGUCAUUUGGACUACACCAUUAGGAUUACCAUGUGUCCAACCAUAUAGAGUUACAAAGAAACAAAUUAUUUCCACUAAUUUGCAAGAUAUUGUCAUUUCAGAUCCUUUUGGUGCUAGUCAAGUGGAUGCUAGAAAGCAACAAGCAGCAUUCCCACCAAACUACGUGCAUUCGUUAGAUGCGACCCACAUGUUAAUGACCGCUAAGGCAUGCGCAGAGCUGGGAUUGUCUUUCGCCUCUGUCCAUGAUUCCUACUGGACCCAUGCAUGUGAUGUGAAUACUAUGAACAGCCAUAUUCGUGAGCAGUUUGUAAAAUUGCACGGCGAAAACUUAAUUGUAAAGAUUAGAGAUGAAUUUGAAAGACGUUAUAAAGGUUUCUUACAGGUUAUUAUAAUACCUGGAGACCACGAAGUUGCCAAGAAGAUUAAAGACGUUAGAAGAAAUAUUGUAAAGGAUUUAGGUAGAGCCUUAACUGUUGCUGACGAAAUUUACUUGGAAAAAAAGAGACAGCAGUUAUUAGAUUCCGAUGAUCCAAAAGUUAUAGAGAUGGGUCAGAAAAUGGUGACUACUGUCAGCGUAACAGAAGGAGUAGACAUGAAUAAAUUAGCUGUAAGCGCUGCCUCCAGGAAAGCAAUGCAAGUGUUAGCUCCUUUGAAGUUUCCUGAAAUUCCAAAGAAAGGUGAUUUAGAUGUCAGCAUCGUUAAAGACUCACCAUAUUUCUUUUCAUGA